GUGUGGGCUUCUGUGUGCUUCAUAGUACAGAAAAUUGUGAUAGGAAAAAAACAGCCAAGUUGAAGCGAAAUCCUGGUUUGCCUACACAUGAUUUGCUUUUGUGUUGUUGCUUCACUAUUUUCUCAAUUAUUGUGUUGUUGUGCUUGGAAAACUGUAUAUUUCUUUCUCAUAUCAUCGAAUGUUUCUUAUUGUUUAUGCUUACUUGUAGUUGUAUGUUUAUUUACGGCGAUCGGUCAGCUCCCAUGUCUGCUAACAUGAACAACUAUGUGGACAUUAUAAUGAUACAAAUUGGACCGUGGUUGAACCAGAACUUCCUUCCCAUAAAUCUACCGGAUUUCGUCGAAGGAUUCGAACACAGACCAAUUCUUAUCACCUAUCAUGGAGAAAUUGAACUAACGAAUGGAGUUUUUCAUUCCAUCCAAAGUGUGAUUCGUAGUGGAACUGCGAUGAUGCAUUAUGAUAGAAAAGUUCUGCGGGUUGUUCUUGGAGCUAACAUCAGACAGCUUGGGUUUACUUAUGACUACUCUGCCCACAUUAUGGAUCUGGGUCCAACUGGAUGGGUUGAUGUUGACAUUGCAACCAUGACGUUCCAAUUCGAGUUUGCUAUCGAUUUGUCGAAUUUCUUCAUUUACUUGGACGAUUUCCGGCUGACUAAUAUCGGCAACUUGAACAUCCGAUUCCGUGGCAACAUUCUACUUGACUGGAUGUCCAAUAUCUUCGUUGGAAUCAUCACAACUAUUUUCAACAACACCAUCACAAACAUCGUUUCCAACGCGCUGCACGAUUUCAUUCAGGCUACCCUGGACGAGAUGAAUGCCCGCGUGCAAGCUCAAACACGUGCUUUGACUGAGCAAGAGCUGGCCCACCUCGUUUACGAACUGAAGAACAUGCUUUGAGUGACAUACCCAAUAUGCCAGGAUGUCGGACUGAAAUUGAACAUCAAGCUCGAACGGUUGGCCAAAGUUAAUUAGUUUGGGCAUGUAGUAUGCACCGUUGAUCUUUUCAAUUUAAGCUAGUUCUGCGUGCUGAGGAGCUUGCAAUUCUACUUAUAAACAGUUUAAAUAUA